GUCCGAGCUCAGCUUCUUCAGCUCCGCGGCUGCCUGGAGGUGGCGCAGGCCGGCCGCCGGACUCGUCUUCAGCAGGGAGCUCCAGUCCAGGAGCUGGGGCAGCUCUCGUCGCUCCUGGUUCCGCUGAACCCCUGUCCACGACCUGGGUCGGGCAUGUUUUCCAGGGCCCAGGUGAAGCGGAUCCUGCAGCGGGUGCCCGGGAAGCAGCGACUCGGCGUUUACAGGUUCCUGCCCUUCUUUUUUGUCCUGGGAGGAACGAUGGAGUGGAUCAUGAUUAAACUGCGCGUGGGCCAGGAGACCUUCUAUGAUGUCUACCGUAGAAAAGCCUCAGAACGACAGUAUCAGAGAAGGCUGGAAAAUGCAUCGGAGACUGUACUUCAGCCGUCAAUAAAGUAAACAUGAAAUUUUA